GCUGCCGCCAUGUCCGCUAGCGCCGUCUACGUGCUGGAUUUGAAGGGCAAGGUGCUUAUCUGCAGGAACUACCGCGGCGAUGUGGAUAUGUCGGAGGUGGAGCACUUCAUGCCCAUCCUGAUGGAGAAGGAGGAGGAGGGCAUGCUGUCGCCCAUCCUGGCCCAUGGCGGCGUCCGCUUCAUGUGGAUCAAGCAUAACAACCUGUACUUGGUCGCCACCUCCAAGAAGAAUGCGUGUGUGUCUCUGGUCUUCUCCUUCCUCUAUAAGGUGGUGCAGGUGUUCUCAGAAUACUUUAAGGAGCUGGAGGAGGAGAGCAUCCGCGACAACUUCGUCAUCAUCUACGAGCUGCUGGACGAGCUUAUGGACUUUGGCUACCCGCAGACCACGGACAGCAAGAUCCUUCAGGAGUACAUCACUCAGGAAGGUCACAAGCUGGAGACUGGGGCCCCGCGACCCCCUGCCACUGUCACCAACGCAGUGUCCUGGCGAUCUGAGGGCAUUAAGUACCGGAAGAAUGAGGUGUUUUUGGAUGUCAUCGAAUCAGUCAACCUCUUGGGUAAAUACCCAGGAGUGGGAUUGCUGGGUCACACGGUGAGUGCCAAUGGGAACGUGCUGCGCAGCGAGAUCGUGGGCUCCAUCAAGAUGCGGGUCUUCCUGUCGGGCAUGCCCGAGCUGCGCCUGGGCCUCAACGACAAGGUGCUCUUCGACAACACAGGCCGAGGCAAGAGCAAGUCCGUGGAGCUGGAGGACGUCAAGUUCCACCAGUGCGUGCGGCUCUCCCGCUUCGAGAACGACCGCACUAUCUCCUUCAUCCCCCCUGACGGCGAGUUCGAACUCAUGUCCUAUCGCCUCAACACUCACGUGAAGCCCCUGAUAUGGAUCGAGUCUGUCAUCGAGAAGCAUUCCCACAGCCGCAUUGAGUACAUGAUCAAGGCCAAGAGCCAGUUCAAGCGGCGUUCAACAGCUAACAAUGUGGAGAUCCACAUCCCUGUGCCCAACGACGCCGACUCACCCAAGUUCAAGACCACUGUGGGCAGUGUCAAGUGGGUGCCGGAGAACAGCGAGAUCGUUUGGUCCAUCAAGUCCUUCCCGGGUGGCAAGGAAUACUUGAUGCGGGCACACUUCGGCCUGCCCAGCGUGGAGGCAGAGGACAAGGAGGGCAAGCCCCCCAUCAGUGUCAAGUUUGAGAUCCCCUACUUCACCACCUCUGGCAUCCAGGUGCGCUACCUGAAGAUCAUUGAGAAGAGUGGCUACCAGGCCCUGCCCUGGGUCCGCUACAUCACUCAGAACGGGGACUACCAGCUCCGGACUCAGUGA